CCUUGAACAAGUUAUCACCUUACAGCCAUCAUCCAUGAGCGAAAUUAAAGGUCCUUCGCCUGAUGCUAAAGUCGAUGGCUCAUCUCUUAGGAUCGCCAUCGUGCAUGCGAGAUGGAACAAAGUUAUCAUUGAUGCGCUGGUCGCAGGAGCAUUGAAGAAGUUGAAGGAAGCUGGAGUGAAAGAGAGUAAUAUCGUAGUAGAAUCCGUCCCAGGUAGCUUUGAGCUUCCUAUCGCAUGCUCUAGGAUGAUUACAGGAUCGCAUAUCCAAGCUGCAUCUAACGAAGCUGAUCUACUUGGCGGCCUCAAUUUUGGUACUCCCAAAGUAGCUUCUCGCUCUGGUACACCAGCACCAACAAUACCCUCUUCGAACCAGGCUUUUGACGCGGUCAUCGCUAUCGGUGUUCUCAUCAAGGGUGCUACUAUGCAUUUCGAAUACAUCUGCGAUGCGGUCUCCAAUUCAUUAAUGAAGAUUCAGGUAGACACUGGGGUUCCGGUCAUCUUCGGAGUUUUGACGGUGUUGAACGAUGAUCAGGCGUUGGAAAGAGCAGGUCUUGGUAAAGGAGAUAAGAAAGGGCAUAACCAUGGCGAAGAAUGGGGCCUUGCGGCCGUCGAGAUGGGCUCGCAUGUCCGACGGUGGAACUCUGGCAAGUUUCUAUGAAGUGCUGUAAAUUGAGAAGUGAAAAACAAUGUACUGUACAUAGAGCAAUUUGUACCUGACAAUACUAC